CGCGCUUCGCAGCGUGACACUUCCGGCAAAAUUCUUCGUCCGAGAUGCUGUAGGCGCACAUACAGCUACAGCUGUUCGCUUCGAAUUAGGACACACGAAUCCCGUCACGGGAUGUUGUCAACAAACACACGUUUGUAAAUAAAUCCGAUGUGUUGACGGAUUUGAAGCUCUCCGAGAAGACCCUUCUUCGUGUGUAAUUACCAGUCGCGCACGAUUAACCUAUUCCCCUCGCAGCGCAAAUCGUGGGUGUUCUUUUUAUAGAGUAGGCUCUCUGACCUCCUUCUAUUUCUCAAGAGUGCACUCGAAACAGCCUCCCUUCUGUACACAGAUCAUGUUACAGUCAAUCUUUUAAGUAAUAUAUAUAUAUAUAUAUAUAUAUGUUGACAGCCACACAACAUUAUGCCAGACAGGAACAAAGUUUUGGUCGGUGCUGGAGUAAUAUGGGGUGUAACCUUUUGCUGUCUUUUAUUUAGUCGCAAGUUAUUAAGACCCAUGGCAUUAUUAAAUUUCAUCCCCACUAUUUUAUAUCGCAAUCAAAAAAUGAAGAAUGAAGAUGAACAAAAACAUAAUGCAGAUGAUCCUGGUACAUCAACGAAUUGUGAUAAUAAUGUACAUACAAAUGAGCAAAAUGAAGUGCAAAAUGAAGAGCAAAAUAGACAACUAACACCAAAUUUUAUGAUGGGAGGAUUAACUGCAGCAUCGCCACCGAAAUUUGUGUCUUUUGAUGAAAUUAUAAAAACUGCCAAUGGGAUGAAAAAUAUGGCCUUAGCGCAUGAAAUUGCGGUAGAUAAGAAUUUUCAAUUGCAAAAAUUGGAACCGGAAGAUGGUAGCUUUCAUAGGCGAGUAAAAGAAAUAAUGCAUAAAGCUUUUUGGAACCUGUUAGCGCAAAAAUUGGCCGAAGACCCGCCAGAUUAUUCGCACGCACUGGUUUUAUUGAAAGAAAUUAAAGAAUCCUUGGACGAACUUGUACCGCCGCAAAAUUCCAGAAUUAAAGAAAAUAUCAGAGAAGUGCUCGAUCUAGACUUGAUCAAACAGCAAGCAGAAAAAGGCGUAUUAGAUUUUCAUCAUUACGCGGAAUACAUAAUCUCUGUUAUGAGUAAGAUUUGCGCGCCUGUCAGAGAUGAAAAGAUCAAAGAGCUCUCGCAGCAAGUGGACAUAAUUGAAACGUUCAAAGGUGUCAUGGAAUUGUUGCAGCUUAUGAGAUUAGACUUGGCGAAUUUUACCAUCACAAUGAUGAGGCCAAACAUCAUCGCUUUGAGUGUCGAGUAUGAAAAAGCAAAGUUUGCCGAAUUUUUAAAGAUUAAUUCAAACGGUUUGCAAUACACAGAAAAAUGGUUACUGAAACAUUUCGAUCCAGAAAAGAUCGCGAGUUCAUCGAACAGCGAUACUAGUAAUAUAAGACAAAUCACUCAUUCUCUAGUGACAGAGGCGUAUCUCGAUCUUCUAGAAUGGGAUUUUAAUCCAAAUGCUGAAACAUUGAUGUUGGAUCAAGGAAGACUUUUGGAAUUGCGCGAUAUAACUAAUAGAUUGAGUGUUAUCGGUUCUGUGAUAUUGUUGGUUAAUAAUACAAUUGGCGCACCGAUUCACGGAAUUUCGAGUUUUAAAAAGAAUAUUAAGGAACACUUGAAUGCGUUGUUGGAUUCUGUACAUUCCAACAAGGAUUUGGAAGCUGCGAUGCCUAACAUUGUACUUCAAGUAAAAGAAGAUGUCAAAGCGACCUUAAGGGAAGUUGAUGCUCCCGAAUUAUCUCCAGAAUUAGAAACAUUGUUGGAAGGCCAGAUAGCCGAUCUUAUAGAUACAAAACAUAAAAUCAGAUAUCUUGUCAGUUUGCGAAUUAGACAAUUCCUACAGAAAAUUAUCCAAUCACAAUCCACUGCGCCCCAACAAGUACCGCCAGGUCUCUCUUCGCUACAAGAGGAAUUAACAGCCGUUGCUGCUCGAUUUGUAAUACUUAUCUCGCAUAAUCGCAGCGUAUUUGGUGAAUAUUACCAAGACAUUGUUGCAAACGCGUUUGCGAAAAGCGACGUUGACAAUAACAAAGAAAUGCAUGGAGCACAUACUAUGGAAUUGUAAAAAAGAAAGUAGAAACAAAGUAAAAUUUUACAUGUAUGAUGUUAAAUACACUUCCGCGAGUUUCGCUAUAUACCUCUUAUUCUGAGAUAUGCACAAUUAUAUCAAGAUUGUUUAUAUAGCUCCAAUUAUAUAAAUUUUUCUCAAUACAAUUCAGAUGAGCAUCAAAUUACAUUUAUAUUUAUUGUGCAUCUCUUUUACUAGAAAUAUGAUAGAUUUUUCUUUUUCGAAUAUUAUAUCGA